ACAUAUGUAGUCACGUACCGAAUGCAAUCGGUUACUGCAUUAAUUCUUCAGACUUGAGGAACAGUAGUUUGAAAUAAACGACACAUUAAAAUAAGACUGAUAAUUUUUAUACGUUUAAUAAAAUUUGAUUUAUAAUGAAUUUAGGAAAUUUCUGCCGAGCUCUUCCAAAAUUGGAACUUCAUGCCCAUUUAAAUGGAUCCCUAAGCGUGGAUACUUUGAAGAAAUUGUAUAAAAUGCAAAAUCCUAAUUCAGAAGAUUCUGACAAAAUAUUUACGAGUAUAAAAGAUUUUUCAUCGUUAGGCGAGUGUUUCAAAGUAUUUGACAUAGCACAUUCAUUAGCAGUAACACCAGAAGCAGUUUUUCAUUCUACCUACGAUACAGUUAAAGAAUUCAAAGAUGAUAACGUAAUAUAUUUGGAGCUUAGAAGCACACCACGUGUUAUUCAAGGGAAAAUGACAAAAGAAGAAUGUGUAGAAGCAAUUAUAAAAGCAUUUGAGGUGUGCAAGAUUGAUUUUCCAAGCAUAUUAUUGAAGUUAUUAAUAUCUAUUAAUCGUAAACAAGGAUACAAAGCAGCACAAGAAAAUAUAGAAUUAGCAAUAGAUUUUAUUAAGAAGUAUCCCCAAUAUAUUGUUGGACUUGAUCUCAGUGGAGAUCCAAUGACAGGAAGUACAUUUUUAGAGUUAUUGGAAAAAGCUAGAAUGGCUGGACUUAAAAUUGCAAUCCAUUGUGCAGAGAUUUCAAAUGAAACUGAAACAAUAGAUAUCCUUGAAUUUAAACCAGAUAGAUUGGGACAUUGCACUUGCAUUCAUCCCACACUACAAGGAUCAAACAAAAUAUUUAAUUUGCUUCUUAAGUCAAAAAUUCCUGUAGAAUUGUGUUUAACUUCGAAUGUUCAAUGUAAAACAGUGCCUACUUAUGAAUCUCAUCAAUUUAAAUAUUUGUUUGAAGCUGGACAUCCUAUUUGUCUUGGUACCGAUGACAAAGGUGUUUUUCAUACAUCUUUGUCUCACGAAUACGAAAUAGCUAGUUCAACGUUUGGUUUAGAACGAGAACAACUCAUAAAACUUUGCCUAUCAUCUGUACAAUAUGCUUUUGCGACAUUAGAAGAGAAACAAGCAAUAUUGUGUAAGAUCGAAAAAUUUGCUAAAGAAUAUAAUGUUAUAUAUUGAAAUCGUAAUGAAUUAUCGUCAAUGAUAUCGACAAUUGACGUCGCUACAUAUAUGUAUACAAAUUUGGUAGACACAAACGUUCGCUCGAAUUGACAAAGUAUAUACAUGUUGUAUAAAGGCGCAACGAGGUCAUAGACUAUUGAAAUAAAAGUAAUAUCGAUUUUAUUCGUUAUAA